AUGGCUGCGCGCCAAGAGCAGGAGGACGCGGAGUACGAUGCUGAUGCAGACGAUGAAGGCUCAUCCGGGGUCAGUCAGCCCCUUCGUUGGAAGACAAAUGAGAUGAAGGAGCGAGCCACCCUGUAUCGCGCCGUGAAGCAGGAGAUGAGAAGACGCGGCGACCUACUCAUCAAGAAUGAGGAGUCCGACAAUGCGGUUGCGCGCCGCCGAAGCAACUUCAGCCUCCCUGAGCACGUCAAGACAAAGGACGACCUCCUUGUCUACCUCAACCAGCUCGGUCUGCGCUACACGCCCCGCACGGCUACACAGAGACGCCGGUCGAGACUUCGAAUGCUCGUGGCGCCUUGA